AUGCCUCCAUUAGAAGAUGUAUUUAUCCAAACAAUCAUUAGUUAUAUUAAUCAAUUACAAACAGUAAAAAAGAUACUUUAUGUAAGUAAAAGAAUACAAAGAAUUAUUAAAACAAUGAAAAUUAAUCCAUAUUUUAUGUGUUCAGCAGAAGAAAAAGGAGUUAGGGUAUUUCAUAUUCAAAAUAUAAUUAACAUUUUUUCUGGUAUAGAAACACUUCAAAUAACUCCUGAUGAUCUUAUUAUUGAUUUUAAUCAAUGGGAAGUUAAUACAAUUAAUAUAUCAAUUACUUCUGAUGAACUUGUCUCUUCUAUUCCAUUUAAAAAACUUAUAUCAUAUGUAGGAACUACAGAUGAAUUUCUUAAACAAUCUAAUAAUCAAACAAAUUUUCCAUUAGAAAGACUUUAUAUUAUUCAACCAGAGAAUAUUGAUAUAAAUGCACUAAAUUUUAUUGUUAAUCACCCAGAAAUGAAUAAAAAUUCAAUUCAUAUUCGUUCAUUAUUACCAAAUAAUAUUUACAAUAUAUAUUCUAAUGUAUUUCCUUUUGGUUCUUUUAAUAAUGAAUUACUUAUAAUUUCUCCACAACAAACUGAUUUAUUUCAAAUAUAUAAUCCAAUAACAAAUUUUUUUAAUAACAAUUUAUAUAAAAAAUUGUAUUAUCCAUAUCUAUAUGAAGGUGAAUAUAAUUUAUUUUUAUCUCAAUUAGACUCUUUACAAUUAAUAGAAUUAAAAAAAUCAAAUAAUACUUCUCUUAUAUUUCCUUCUAGUUUAAAAGAAUUACACAUUUGUUUUACAAAUACUAAAAAUUAUACAUAUAAAAAUGAAUCAGAUUUAUCUUUAUUAACAACACUUAAAAUUAAAGAAUAUAAUAAAAAAACUUUAAUUCCUUUAAACAUUCAAAAAUUAGUUAUUGAUAAAUUAACAUCAAAAUUUCAAGUAACACUUCCUCAACUUACUAAGUUAUCUAUUCAUAAAACAAAUUUUAAAAAAAUAAUUCUUAAUUCUACAAUUAAACAUUUAAAACUUGAUUAUUAUUAUAAUAAUAUGUCUCUCCCUCAUUCAGUUAAAACACUUCAAUUAUAUUCUUGUGAUGAACUUCUUUCUAUUAAAAAAAUUGAAAAAUUAAUACUUAUUAAUACUGAUAAUAUAAAUAUGUCUCUUCUUCCUCUUUGUUUAAAAAAUAUUUCUUUAUACAAUGUCAAAAAAAUUAAUUUAACUCCACUAGAAAAUCUUGAAGAAGUUUAUUUAAAUUUAAUUUCAUUUAACGGAUUCUUUGAUUUUAAAAAUAUUAAACUUCCUCCAAGUAUUAAAAAAUUAAUAUUAGAAUUUACUGGUAGAAUAGGAGAUGCUGAUCCAAAAAAUAUUAUAGAUCAAGCUAAAUUAUAUUUCUCUCUUAUACCUAAUAUACAGAUGCUUGGAGAAUUCUUUGAAUAA